AUGGAUGAUGAAGUGCGCAAGAUCUUCAGCAAGUUCGACACAAACGGCGACGAAAAAAUCUCUUCAACGGAGUUGAAGGAAAUGCUUCUCACGCUCGGAUCCAGAACCUCUUCCGAUGAAGUGAAACGCAUGAUGGAUGAAAUUGAUCAAAACGGCGACGGUUACAUUGAUCUAAAGGAAUUCGCCGAUUUUCACUUCAACGAUGCAGGAAAAGAUAAUUCCGAUGAGCUUCUUGAUGCUUUUAAUCUCUACGAUCUUGAUAAGAACGGUCUCAUCUCUGCUGAUGAAUUGCACGCUGUUUUGAAGAAACUCGGUGAGAAUUGCUCGCUCAGUGAUUGCAAGAAGAUGAUAAGUAAUGUUGAUGUUGACGGUGAUGGACACGUGAACUUUGAGGAGUUCAAGAAGAUGAUGGCUCGCUGA